AUGGAUGAAUCCUAUUUUCCUGGAAAGUCGAAGCGUAAGUCUUCUGGUAUUUGUUAUUCACACCACUUGCGUAUUGAUAUCUUUUAUGCUGUAAUUGAUGUGCAACUUAAAGAGCUUAAUGACCAUUUUGAUGUAGUGAGUAGCGAUUUGCUUCUUGGGAUGACUAGUUUGAAUCCAGCCAAUUCUUUUGCUAAUUUUGAUAAAGGUAGAAUAAUGACUUUAGCAAAAUGUUACCCAAAUGAGUUUGAUGAAGUACACAUUCGAGACUUGGGUUAUCAACUAGAUACUUUCAUAAUUCAUAUGCGAGUUGGCAAUCCCAAGUUCUCCAACUUGCAAGGAAUUAGUGAUUUGGCAAAAGCAUUGGUUGAGACAAAUCUUGUGGAGACUUAUUCAUUUGUUUAUUUACUUGUGAAGUUAACUCUGACUUUACCUGUUGCUAUCGCAACUGUGGAGAGAGCAUUCUCAUCCAUGAAGCAGAUAAAGAAUGAAGAGAGGAACAAUAUGGGUGAUCAAUAUUUAAAUGAUUAUUUAAUUUGUUACAUAGAGCGUGAUGUAUUUACAAAUGUAAGUAAUGAUGUCAUUAUUGAUCGUUUUCAAAAUAUAAAAGCUCGUCGAGGACAAUUGUAA